AUGCCACCCAGCAGUCGUGUUAUCAGAGGGCUGAAGGCGGCCGCUGUAAUAUUUGCGGUAAGUCAUGAGUUCUGAUUUGUUGAGUUGCUCUUUAGACCUUCACAAUCAUCAAGAUUUUCAACGUUUCCGAUGAAACGGCGCCGCAGCUCGAUUUGUUGGAAAAUGAUGGGGAUGAGGUCUACAGGUCGUUGAAUUUUUCGUUGCAUGAGCAUGGGUUCGCUCAUGUGGAUGCGUUGAACUCGCCAGUAGGACAGAAUACAAUUGUUAGUUCGAUGGAAUACUUAAAUUACAAGCAUAAGGUGCUAAAUGAGGAUGCUUUUGGGAAGAUUACUGCGCAAAAUGUGGAAUGGGUCAUAGUGGUUCAGGUAUGACUGAUUUCGAAUAAUAUCGACUAAUUUUACGUUGUUUUUAACAUUUUGGCUAUAACAUCUACAACAAUUUUAAUUAUUUUAGGUACAUAACCGAGUGGAAUACUUAAAGUACCUCAUCGAGUCCCUACAGAAAGCCACCGGAAUCGAAAGGGCAUUGCUGGUGUUCAGUCAUGACAUAAACAACAACGAAAUCAACCAGCUAAUCCAGUCGAUCAAUUUCACACGGGUAUGAACUUUUCCCGUCUAAUUGCGCAUUCACUGCACUAUGAUUCAUAAUAUAUUUCGUUUCAGGCGAUUCAAAUCUUCUAUCCGAAUAACAUCCAAUUAUUUCCGAACCAUUUCCCAGGCCAAGAUCCCAAUGAUUGUCCAGAUCGAAUAUCAAAAGCAGAGCAAGUUUAAUUUUUUUGAUAUGACGUCUUUGUGUUUAGUGCUGAAAAGUUGAAGUGUAAUAAUUGGCAAUGGCCGGACAAAUAUGGACACUAUCGAAUGGCCAAGUUGUCACAAAUUAAACAUCACUGGUGGUGGAAGGUAAAAAUGUUUCCUAGAUUAAUAUAGAUUUUACUCGAUGGUAAUCAGUAAUAAGCAAAAAUAUUCAGAUGAACUACGUUUUCGACGGGAUUGUCAAUAGAUAUGGCCUAAAUGAGAAGUAUGUGAUGUUAUUGGAAGAAGAUCAUUAUGUAUCUCCGGAUGCAUUGUACGUGUUAUCAAAGAUGAUCGAACAUCGCAAUCAGGACUGUGACAAAUGCGAAGUCUUAUGUCUGGGAUUCUACCUAAAGAAGUACAACAGCUACGAGAGUGACAUCAACAAAUUGAGUGUUCAAAAAUGGUUCUCUUCCAAACAUAAUAUGGGAAUGGCCAUCAACUAUAAUACCUGGAAGAAGGUCAGAGAGUGCUCGCAGGUGUGUUAUUUUUAUCUUAUUUUCAUUCCAACCUUAGGAGAGAAAUGCUGAGAUUUCGGUUGGGAAGUACCUAAAAUAAUGUUAUUUUAGUUCUUCUGCACCUAUGAUGAUUACAAUUGGGACUGGUCAAUGCUACAAGUCAGUCUAAAAUGCCUAAAAGACCCAUUCUACGUGGUCGUAGCCAAAGCUCCACGGGUUAUUCAUGUUGGAGAUUGCGGCGUUCACACUCACAAGUGUAAUAUCAGAAGCUCCUUGGAUUUGGCUUUGUAAGUUAAUUUUUAUUUUUUUCUUUGUUUUUUUAGAGUGGAAGGGCAUUGAAUUUUAAAAGUUCUCCUGCGAAAAGUAAUAAUACAUAAUUAUUUCCAGGAAUCUGUUCAAGAAAGACAUCUUCUUCCCGGAGACAUUGGUCAAAAGUGAAGUUCUAAAACGCACAUUGAAACCCUCGAAACCGAACGGUGGCUGGGGCGACAAACGAGAUCACGAGCUAUGCCAAAACAAUACUUAUCCAUUCACAGAAAUAUCAUCAUAG